AUGAAUCUGUUGAACAUGGCGAAACAUCUCCACCUAACACAAAUGGAAUUUGGCUUUGAAGAUACAAUACCAAGUGCUGAUGAAAUUUUUGCUUCACAGCAAUUAUUCAAGAUCUUAAAAACGUUCGAGGAUAGUGGUUUUAGUGAAUUACGCACUUACCAAACGCUCGAUUUUCAUGAUGAAUAUGAUGAAAUGACAGACAAAGAAGAAAGUACUGAUGAAGAAGAAUCAAACGAUGAACAAGAUAAUAUUGACGAUUAUGAUGAAAAUCAAGCUUGUUUAUCUUAA